AUGGAAGUAGAGACCAGGAACCUAACGGUGUCUGAUAUUUAUCUCAAACUUGUCGCGAUAAAGUUUGCCAAAGGCAUUUAUUUCUGGGUAGGAGAUGAGAACCUAUCGUAUAAUGACCUACAAUGUGCUUUUCCUCUGAAGAAUAUAAAGGAUGAAGAUUCUACUGGGACCACGCUGAUCGGUGAACUGGAUUCAUUAUCAUUAGACAUCUCCAAGGCUCUAGCAAAGAGAUAUGGAAUGCCUAUCUUUAUGAGCAUAAAUGUACAAGAUUCUGAUUAUCUCAUCCUCAAGGAACUACAGGAGAAACUAUUCAAAACAAUUUUUGAGUUGUUUCCACUUAAUAAGGACCCUCAUACAAACUGA